ACUCGAGAAGAGGGGACCUACGGAUUUCUAAGCAUCCCGCAGAUAUUAUGGACUAUUAGAAAACUAUAUGUAGAAAAGUGUUAUUAGUCUGCAAUAGCUCGCGUUCAGGAUUUUAUUUCAAAGUGAUCUACUCUCUCACUAAGCAAAAGAGUUUUGGAAACAUUUUGCUUUUCAGUAAUAAGGAUCUGGACUUCUGUAGCUUCUACAAUGUCUUGCUGUGACGCACGGACUACUAAAUUCUGCUCUUCUUGAGACCGCAUUAUAUCAAAUGGCUAUAGAUCUUGCGCAUUUGGCGACAUGGUUUCAGGCUAACACCGUACAACAAAGGAGCUUUCUGGUUCGUUUGGGAAGUUGCACAGUGCAUAUGUUUUCUUGGACCAAAGCGAUGGGUUAUUCCUAAGCUGUGUCUGGAGAAGAAACGGUGUCAAGACAGAGCGGGGGAAUAAAGAGGAGUGCACUUGUUGUUUGGAGAUGAUCUUGAUAUUUCUCUUUUUCUCAAUCUUGGAUGGAGGGUUAUCGCAGCUGCACUUCUCGGUACCGGAGGAGCAGGAGCUCGGGACGGUUGUGGGAAAUAUCGCCGAAGAUCUGGGGCUGGACAUCACAAAACUUUCCGCGCGCCGUUUCCAGACCGUUCCUAGCGUGCGCACGCCGUACCUGGAGGUCAACUUAGAGAACGGAGCGCUGGUAGUGAACGAGCGCAUCGACCGAGAGGAGAUAUGUCGCCAGACCGUCCCGUGCCUCCUCCACCUCGAAGUGUUUUUGGAGAACCCGCUCGAGCUUUUCCGCGUCGAGAUCGAGGUCAUGGAUAUUAACGACAAUCCGCCGAGUUUCCCGGAGACGGACAUCACCGUGGAGAUCACCGAAAGCGCCACACCGGGCACCCGCUUCCCCGUGGAGAACGCGUUCGACCCUGAUGUGGGGACUAAUGCCUUGAGCACAUACGCCAUCACCACUAACAACUACUUUUAUUUGGACGUACAGACGCAGGGCGACGGCAACCGCUUUGCGGAGCUCGUGCUGGAUAAACCCUUGGACCGUGAACAGCAGGCGGUGCACAGGUACGUGCUUACCGCCGUGGACGGAGGGCAGCCGCAGAGGACCGGCACCGCACUUUUAGUGGUUAAAGUGUUGGACUCAAACGACAACGCGCCCACGUUCGAUCAAUCCGUUUACUCUGUGAGUUUGCGCGAGAACUCCCCAGUUGGCACGCUUGUUAUUCAGCUCAACGCCACCGAUAUGGACGAGGGCCAAAACGGAGAGAUUGUUUACUCUCUAAGUACUCACAAUCCGCCGCGCAUUCGGGAUCUGUUUAACAUCGACUCGCGCACUGGGAGGAUUGAGGUGACCGGGGAGGUGGAUUACGAGGAGAGCAGCACGCAUCAGAUCUACGUGCAGGCGAAAGACAUGGGCCCGAACGCCGUGCCCGCGCACUGCAAAGUUCUGGUCAAACUCAUCGACGUGAACGACAACUCGCCGGACAUUUUUUUCAGCACGGUCACGGAGUCGGUAAGCGAACAGGCUGCCCCGGGCACUGUGAUUGCUCUGCUGAGCGUCACGGACCGUGACUCCGGUGAGAAUGGACAGAUGAGCUGCGAGCUGCACGGCGAAGUUCCGUUCAAACUCAAGUCGUCUUUCAAAAACUAUUACACGAUCGUCACGGACGGUGCACUCGAUCGCGAGAAAGUGGAGUCUUACACGCUCACGGUGGUCGCCAAAGAUAAAGGGGUGCCGUCUCUCUCCACAAGCAAGUCCAUCAAAGUGCACGUCUCGGACGAAAACGACAAUACUCCUAGAUUCAUGCAAUCGGUUUACGACGUGUACGUGACGGAGAAUAACGUCCCAGGGGCUUACAUUUACGCGGUGAGCGCCGUGGAUCCUGAUGUUGGACAGAACGCCUAUGUCACUUACUCCAUAUUGGAGUGCGAAAUACAGGGUAUGUCCAUCUUAACCUACGUGUCUAUCAACUCUGAGAACGGCUACUUGUACGCGCUGCGCUCUUUUGAUUACGAGCAAAUAAAAGAGUUCAGAUUUAUGGUCCACGCAAAAGACUCCGGUGCGCCCGAGUUAACGGCCAACUCCACCGUUAACGUCAUCAUAGUGGACCAGAACGACAAUGCCCCGUCUAUAAUUGCGCCUCUGGGCAAAAACGGCACCGCGAGGGAACAUUUACCCCGCUCAGCCGAGCCGGGAUACCUGGUCACCCGUAUUGUGGCCACGGAUGCGGAUGAUGGUGAGAACGCACGCCUGUCAUACAGCAUCCUCCGAGGAAACGAGCUCGGUAUGUUCCGGAUGGACUGGAGAACCGGUGAACUACGUACCGCGCGCCGGGUGUCCAGCAAACGGGACCCGCCGCUCCCGUACGACCUGUUGAUCGAGGUGCGCGACCACGGGCAGCCGCCGCUGUCGUCCUCCGCGAGCAUCAACGUAGUGCUCGUGGACAGCAUUGUUGAGGGCCGGAGCGGCGACCGGGGGUCGGUCAAGUCCAAAGAGGGCUCGCUGGACCUCACACUCAUCCUCAUCAUCGCGCUCGGCUCCGUGUCCUUCAUUUUCCUACUCGCCAUGAUCGUGCUGGCGGUGCGCUGUCAAAAAGACAAGAAACUGAACAUCUACACGUGCAUGGCCGGAGACUCGUGCUGUCAGUGCUGCAGUCGCCAAGCGCGCGGGCGCAAGAAGAAGCUCAGUAAAUCGGACAUCAUGCUCGUCCAGAGCACUAACGUGGCCAGCACCGCACAGGUGCCGGUGGAGGAGUCUGGCAGCUUCGGCUCGCACCACCAGAACCAAAACUACUGCUACCAGGUGUGUCUGACACCGGAGUCUGCCAAAACCGACCUGAUGUUUCUUAAACCAUGCAGCCCAUCCCGGAGCACAGACACAGAGCACAACCCGUGCGGUGCAAUCGUUACCGGAUAUGCGGAUCAGCAACCAGAUAUAAUCUCAAACGGGAGCAUUUUAUCAAGCGAGACCAAGCACCAGAGAAAUGAACUCAGCUACCUGGUUGACAGGCCCCGUCGUGUUAACAGUUCAGCAUUUCAAGAGGCAGAUAUCGUCAGCUCUAAAGACAGCGGACAUGGAGAUAGCGAGCAAGGAGACAGCGACCACGACGCCACCAACCGGGGCCACACAGCAGGAGCUGAUCUUUUCUCCAACUGCACUGAAGAGUGCAAGGCUCUGGGUCACUCUGACCGAUGCUGGAUGCCCUCCUUCAUGCCUGGCGACAGUCGCCAAGGCGCCGAUUACCGUAGCAACCUGCACGUCCCGGGAAUGGAUGCGGUGCCGGACACUGAGGUACAGGAGAGCGUGGUUCCGGGCGAUGCGUGCAAUCGGGCCGAUGAUAGAUCAUUCUCUACGUUCGGCAAAGACAAGUCACACCACGGCACGCUCACACGCCAUGAGCUACACACACUCUUACCAAGCGCCCAAGCGCCUUACAAACCCAACUAUCUGUCACGCAAAAGGAUUUCCUAGCACCUUCCGUGUGGACAUUCCAGAAAAAGCGUGAGUUUGCACAGUAAUGUAACCGGCCAAAAGCAUCAAGGGUUUCUUUUAUAAAGUUGCCUUCAUUUUUUUUUUUUUAAAUUGAACUCAAUCACGGCCGAUCUGGUCGUUCCCAACUCUGUCGGACAUCUGAAACAGAUUAUAUGGGAUGCGAUCUGAUGACGUAAGGACCCUGAGAAAUCUCAGCAGGACUGAGAAACCUUGCCAAAUCUCCUCCAAACAAAAACUGGAUGAGAAGAGGGAAGAACAGAGGGAAAGAGCUUAGGAGUGAUGGAGAGACAAAAGGAGAAAAAUGGAUGAUCAAUGGACACGGCUGUUUCCUCGCUCUCUCCGCUCUAUCAAUGUGUCUCUGUUUACAGUCCACUGUAAACUAUUCCUAUCUGAGCCCUUUACCCAUUUUGACACGCACACACACAAACAUAAACACACAUGCGUACACACUGUACAAACAUACUGUACAGAGAGCAGCCCAAACUAUGUGCAUUAUAAACUCAACUAUCCGUUUUAGACUUGACUGUUUUCUAUAGUCGUUUAUUUUUUCUUCUUAAUCAGUGUGGUCAAGUGUUCUCCUGAAAUGACUAUCUUUAGAAAAGCGUGGAUGCGGUGGACAAAAAAAAAAAAAAGGAAAAAAGACGAUUCUGUUCUCUUAUUGGCCUGUGGAUACUUCAUCUGACAUUGUGGUUAUCUUCAUGUGUGCAAGUGUGUACUGUUCUAUCUUAAAGCUUCAAAUAACUAUAAAUCGAGCUA